UCCCAGCAGCUGCGCGGUGAGAGCCGCCAGGCGCUGCUCCCGUCACGGUCACCAUCUCUCCGUUCACCCUUUCAAACAAUGUUAUCUAUAAUAUUCUCCAAACCAUUCAUCGACUGCUAAACUCAAGGCUUUGGAUUGAUUCUACCAUCUACAGUUUGCCAUGGCGACGGUGGUGAUGGAGCAGAUCGGUCGCCUGUUUAUCAACGCGCAGCAGCUGCGUCAGAUCCCUCAGCUGCUGGAGUCGGCCUUCCCCACGCUGCCUUGCACCGUGAAGCUGUCCGACGUUCCCCGCGUGUUCCGCGAGCGCCACAUCCACUCCGGCUACCGGCAGACGGACCAGAGCUGGCGCUACUACUUCCUCACGCUCUUCCAAAGGCACAACGAGACCCUCAACGUGUGGACCCACCUGCUGGCCGCCCUCAUCAUCCUGGUGAAGUGGCAGGAGAUCUCGGAGACGGUGGACUUUUUGCGAGACCCUCACGCUCAGCCGCUGUUCAUCGUGCUCCUGGCGGCCUUCACCUACCUCUCCUUCAGCGCGCUCGCUCACCUCCUCUCCGCCAAAUCUGAGCUUUCCUACUACAGCUUCUACUUCCUCGACUACGUGGGCGUGGCGGUUUACCAGUACGGCAGCGCCCUGGCGCACUACUACUACGCCAUAGAGAAAGAGUGGCACACUAAAGUGCAAGGGCUCUUUUUACCCGCCGCGGCGUUCCUGGCCUGGCUCACCUGCUUCGGAUGCUGCUACGGCAAAUACGCGAGCCCCGAGCUGCCGAAAUGGGCCAUCAAGCUGUGCCAGGUGGUGCCCUCGGCCUUGGCUUACUGUUUAGACAUAAGCCCUGUGGUCCACCGCAUCUACAGCUGCUACCGGGAGGGCUGCGACGACCCAGUUGUGACGUACCAUUUCUACCACGUGGUCUUUUUCCUCAUCAGCGCCUAUUUCUUUUGCUGCCCCCACCCGGAGAGCUUCUUCCCAGGGAAGUGUGACUUCAUCGGGCAGGGCCACCAGAUCUUUCACAUAUUCGUGGUGGUGUGCACCCUGAUGCAGAUCGAAGCGCUGAAAACAGACUUCACAGAGCGCCGUCCCUUCUACGAGCGUCUCCACGGCGACCUGGCGCACGACGCCGUGGCGCUCUUCAUCUUCACCGCCUGCUGCAGCGCCCUCACGGCUUUUUAUGUGCGCAAUCGUGUCCGUUCCUCCCUGCAGGAGAAGACGGAGUAGGAAAGAUGAAAUUGAGAAAGAAAAAAAAAGUUAACUUAUUUUACUCUGUAGUGGGGGUGUCAUUUUUCACCCAAAACGUUAUUUGAUUUUAACGUUUUAAUCGAUUGAUUUAAACUUUCUCUUUCACCGUUGAAGGCUAAACCAUCUAUUGCAGGGGUGUCAAACUCAAAUACACAAUGGGCCAAAAUUUAAAACUUGAAUAAAACCGCGGGCCAACAUUGAACAAAUAAACCUUUUAAUAUAUACCAAACAUGUUUUGCUUUAACAUUAAAUAUGGAACCAGCAACGCUUAUAAACAUACAAUAUAUAACUAAAUAGUGCAGACAUGCAAAAUCAAAUUUCAAAUAAAAAACACAUCAAUGUCAUUAAUUUACAAUAAUAAUAUAAUAAUUUGGUAUUGCCUCGCGGGCCAAAUAAAAUUACACUGCGGGCCAAAUUUGGCCCGCGGGCCGGAGUUUGACACCCCUGAUCUAUUGAGUCUUGAUUCAUCAUCUGACAACCAUCAUUUACAUUUCCGUUAACGCUUUCUAUGACACGUAUGUCUAUAAUGCAUUACAAACAUACUUAUAAUACAUCAUAAGCAGCUUAUAACACUUAAUAAUGAUGGUUUUUAAGAAGGGCUGGGCGAUCAAUAAGUCAUAUCCCAAUAUAUUUAGGCUGUAUAUCGAUAUAAGAUAUAUAUCCCGAUUUUUUUUUUUUAAUCGCAAAUGUUCAGCCAAAGUCAAAGCCAAAUAUGACAAGUAGUUUUAUUCAAAACGUUUAUUUAAGUGAGCAUAAAUACUGUAUAACAGGAGUUCCUUUAAAAAAAAUCAAAGCUCCAUAAAGUGCGCAUUUAAAUAAAAACAUUUCUUAAAUAAAAAUAGCCUAUGAAAUAAAAUAGGCCAAUCUUUUUCUGAAAUAAAUAUAUUUAUAUGAGAAAAGAGAACCAAAUAUGGCAAACCCUAGUAAGGGCAGCAUUUUUAUAUAUAAAGAAAUACAUUUUUUUAACCAUAUUGUAUAUGCAAUAUGGUCUAAUUCCAUAUCAUAUUAAAAAAAAUCAAUAUUUUUUUUAUAUCGAUAUAUAUCGCCCAGCCCUAGUUAUAGGCUUAUUACACCAUAGUAUAAAUAAUUUUAUAAUGACUUAUAUGGUGAAGGAUUAUAAUGCUUUAUAACUGCUGGUCACUUACAGACAUUUUUCUGAAAGCCUUUGUUAUAAAACAUAUAUUAUAUUGGCAUUAUAAUCACUGUUUUAAUGCAUUAUCAUGUUCUAAGGGUAAUUCUAACCCUAAUAAUGCUCUAAAGUCUGUUUAUAAUGCUUCAUAAUGUGAUAUUAUUAUUGUUAUAAUGCAUUAUAAAUAUAUCUGAGCUUAUAAUUUCUAUUAUAUAUUGCUAUAAGCAGAUUAUAAUGCAUUAAAAGUAUGUUUAUAAUGUAAUAUAGACAUGGGUCUCAUUGAAAGUUUUACCACAUUUUCAAAUUAUUCUUUUCAAAGAUAAGCUACACAGUGUUAUUUUGCCAUAUUAAUUGUUUUUUGUAUGAACCUAACUAAUCACACAUCCUCUUUUGGAUUUUCAUAAUUAAAAUUUUGUUUUUUUUAAUUUAUAAUUGAAAUUGUGACACCCCUACUCUGCAGUGACCAUUUAUUAAAAUACUUAAAAUGUUUUUGUCAAUGAAGGUUAUCAGUUUGUGAUAGUGACUUAUUUCUUCUCUGUGUGAUCUGCCAAACUACAGAAAGCUAAAAAAAAAAAAAAAAAGAAGUGAUUAAGGGUGUGUUUUUGUGACUUACAAUGAAGAAAAGGGAAUCUUACCGUUUGUUUGUAGUAUUUAAACACUGCAAAGACUUCUCAGUCUGUUUUUAGUCUAACAGAAUGUGGUUUUACUUCACUUCCGGACACAAAUUCACAUUUUCUGUCAAGGUGAGCAGAAAACUAGUUUCUUAAUUAAGAUGCCUUUUACCAAAUUAUAUUUCAUAAAGAAUCUGACUGACUGACUCAAAUUGUAGCAUUUCAAAUCAUGCGAGCAUUUUUUUUUUUUUUUUUUACAAUUUACAGUCCCAUAACACUUUGUAUAUUUCAGUCACAUACCAAUUCCAAUCCAAUAUAAAUUGCUGGUCCUAAUAUUCAUAAUUUCUUUUGAUUCUGCUCCUCUCUUUCGGGAUCAAAGCAGGGAUUAGUUUUUUUUUUAAUUUAUCAAGGCGCUGACACUGUGCCACACUAAUGUCUGAACAUAUUCUGGGAAAGUCAAGAACCCAAUUUGAAAACCAAAUAUUGUACCUCUUAUUAAAAAGACAAGAUUUUCUUUCUUUUGGGUGAUAACAUUCUGUUGAAAAUGAGGCUGGCACUCAGUAUUGGUUAAGAGAUGGAUGGAAGAUAACUGAUGUCUCUUUGUUGUUGUGACAAUGUUUAAUCUUUUUUAUUCAAAGGGCUGGAACUUCAGCUUUUGCCUUUUCACAUUUUCCCAUGAUGUCAAAGCUUUUGCGCUCAUUGUUUUCGUUGUCGGUUGAUCAGAUUUGAGUCACAAAAGCCGCGUCUGACUGUUGUUCUGCUUUUGGUAUGUUUUCUUUUUGUAUGAUGAAUAUGUACGUGCCUCUAUGCAUGUCUUUUGGUAUAUACUGUGGAUAUAUUAAGUGUGUGAAUGUCUAUGAAAGCUUAGCCUUGCACUUCUUUCCUACCCUGUAAAUAAGCUGUAUUUCUCUCCCAAAGUCAUUUGCGCCUCAUUUUCUCUCCACCUAAUAGCAUUCAGACCUGAAUGCAUCUUCUCUCUGGUGAAAUUCAGCGCAUUCCUGUUUUGAUGCAUCUGUUUUGUGUUCAGUGUCCUGCUGCCUAUCAGACUUUAAAUGCUUAUGAAUUCAUCAUUUCACUGUUCCACACAAGAGUCCCAAUCCCCAUUUUUCCCCUCUCUUAGUUUGAUGACUUCCAUUAUAGAAAAUAUCCGGCAGACACUGCUCACUGAUAAUGUUGCUUAGAUUUUUUACCUCAUGAAAUCUUUUAAAUGUCAGAAAUGAUCAAUAUUCAUUAUAGCACUCUGUUCAUGAUGGUGUUUAAUGUGCCAAUGAAUCUGUUAUUGCUUCAGUGAUGGUACUACUGAGAGAAUUCAGAGACAGACUGUCAGAUUUAAAUGAUGUCUUGACCUGACUGCGAACACGUUGCCGGGCAGAAUAAACCUUCUAACUGUUCACUUUGGCAUUACUGACCUGGUCUCAUCAUGCACUGCCUGAAAUCAACACUGUAUAUACUGUAGCUGACAACACUGGCUAUGUUUACAUGCAUGGAGGUAUCUGCUGUGAAUCUGGUUAUUCCGGUUUUGUGUUGAAUCUUGGAAGUGUCAUAACUCCAAGUAACCUGGAGGAGCAA